AUGUCCCUCCAGACCGUCUCGCUGCAGCCCUUCACCGACCAGAAGCCCGGCACCUCCGGCCUUCGCAAAAAGGUCAAGGUCUUCCAGCAACCCCACUACUCCGAGUCGUUCAUCACCUCCAUCCUCCAGUCCAUCCCUGAGGGCGCCACCAAUGCCUUCCUGGUCAUCGGCGGUGACGGCCGCUACUACAACACCGAUGUCAUCCAGAAGAUCGCUAAGAUUGGUGCAGCUUAUGGUGUCAAGAAGCUUCUCGUCGGUCAGAAUGGCAUCCUGAGUACCCCCGCCGCCAGCAACCUUAUCCGCGUCCGCAAGGCCACCGGUGGCAUUCUCUUGACCGCCAGUCACAACCCGGGUGGUCCCAAUGCCGACUUUGGUAUCAAGUACAAUCUCGCCAAUGGCGCCCCCGCUCCCGAGACCGUCACCAACAAGAUCUACGAAACCUCCAAGUCCCUCACCUCCUACAACUACCUCGAUCUUCCUGAAAUCGACACCACCACCAUCGGCUCCAAGACCUACGGCCCUCUGGAGGUCGAGGUCGUCCACUCGACCGCCGACUAUGUCGCCAUGAUGAAGCAGAUCUUCGACUUUGACCUGAUCCGCUCCUUCCUGACCUCCCACCCGGACUUCAAGGUGCUCUUCGACGGCAUGCAUGGUGUCACCGGACCCUAUGGUGUCGACAUCUUUGUGAAUGAGCUUGGUCUGCCGGCCACCAGCGUCAUGAACUGCGAGCCGAAGCCCGACUUUGGUGGUGGCCACCCGGACCCCAACCUGGUGUACGCCCAUGAGCUGGUCGAGGCGGUCGACCAGCGUGGCAUCCACUUUGGUGCCGCCAGUGACGGCGACGGAGACCGCAACAUGAUCUACGGCGCCAAGACCUUUGUCUCGCCCGGUGACAGCUUGGCCAUCAUCGCCCACCAUGCUAAGCUCAUCCCCUACUUCCAGAAGCAGGGCGUCUACGGCUUGGCGCGCUCGAUGCCCACCUCGGGUGCCGUUGACCGCGUCGCCAAGGCGCAGGGCCUGCAGAGCUACGAGGUCCCCACGGGCUGGAAGUUCUUCUGCAACCUGUUCGACAACAACAAGAUCUCCAUCUGCGGUGAGGAGAGCUUCGGUACCGGCAGCAACCACAUCCGGGAGAAGGACGGCCUGUGGGCUAUUGUGGCCUGGCUGAACAUCAUCGCCGGCGUCGCCCAGAGCAAGCCCUCGGAGACGCCCAGCAUUGCGUCCAUCCAGCAGGAGUUCUGGCAGACCUACGGCCGCACCUUCUUCACCCGCUACGACUACGAGGGCGUCGACAGCGACGGCGCCAACAAGGUGAUUGCCACGCUGGCGGAUCACCUGGCCGCGCGGGACAGCUUUGUGGGCUCCACCGUGUCGGGUCGCAAGGUGCUGGACAUUGGCAACUUUGCGUACACUGACCUGGACGGCAGCGUCACCAAGAACCAGGGUCUGUAUGUCACCUUUGACGACGGCAGCCGCAUUGUUGUGCGCCUGUCGGGUACUGGCAGCAGCGGCGCGACGAUCCGUCUGUACAUCGAGAAGUACGAGGCCGAUGCGAGCAAGUUCGCCCUCAGCGCGCAGGAGUACCUCCAGGACAACGUCAAGCUGGCGCUGGGGCUGCUCAAGUUCAAGGAGUUUAUCGGCCGUGAGGAGCCUGACGUGAAGACCUAG